AAAUGUGGGCCAUCGCCACAACCCGUCCUUUGCUUUCACUAAAUAAAGCGAUUGAACUAGGUGCCAUUGGCGUUUUACAGAAUCACUGGAGUGCGGAGCGAGUGUAGAGAGAUAAAUAGAGAGUAGAGAGAGAGAGAGGAACAAUGGCGGCUGUGGCUCCCUUCGAAGUGUGCGUGAAGGCCGCAGCUGGAGCACCCGAUUUGCUUGGUGACUGUCCAUUUAGCCAGAAGAUGCUUCUCACCCUAGAGGAAAAGCACCUCCCAUACGCCAUGAAAAUGGUCAACCUCAGUGAUAAACCCAAAUGGUUUUUGGAGAUCAGUCCAGAGGGAAAGGUUCCACUGUUCAAAUCAGAUGAGACAUGGGUCAGUGAUUCCGAUUGUAUUACGCAGUUGCUCGAGGAGAAGUACCCUGAUCCUUCAUUGGCCACUCCACCUGAAUAUGCAUCUGUAGGAUCAAAGAUUUUCCCUUCAUUUGUCAAGUUUCUGAAAAGCAAGGAUCCUAGCGAUAGCUCAGAGCAGGCACUUUUGGAUGAGUUGCGUGCAUUGGACGAUCAUCUUAAAGCACAUGGCCCAUACAUUAAUGUUGAAAAAAUUUGUGCUGCUGAUUUGAGUUUGGCACCUAAGCUUUACCACUUGGAGAUUGCUCUAGGCCACUUAAAAAAUUGGACUAUUCCAGAAGAUCUUACUCACGUUCAUAACUACAUGAAGUUGCUCUUCUCUCGGGAUUCAUUCGCCAAGACCAAGCCCACAAAGGAGCAUGUGAUCGCAGGAUGGCUGCCUAAGGUUAACCCAUGAAGGUCUUGUAGCUGAAUAUGUGGAUGGGGAUAUGUUGCCUGAAAAUCUAGUGAGUCGGUGCAUUUCCUCUAAUCUAAACUAUUAAUAAAAGUUCAGUCAUGUAAAGAAAGUUAUUAGUAUUGAUGCUAUUGUGGCUAGUUAUUUAUCCAUGGAUGUGUGCUUCUUGUUCGUAUACAUCACCAUGUGCUGUAUGAUGGAUUAAGAUUAGUUGGUAAUUGGGUAGGUGCUUCUGAGAUACUUUUACGAAAAUUUGAUGUCCUGUUGUUGCCUAGCUUGGUUGAUGCGUAAGAUUUUAAGGUGUUAAAAAUUGGUAGUUUGUUGAA